AUGUCUGGAGCCGGGGGCACCAUUCCAUCAUCAGCACCAAAGUCUUAUCAAAGGUGUGGCACGCGGAACCCCGUCUGGAUGUUUGACACUUUACCUUCGGAUGGAGUAACGAAGUUUGUUAACGUAUGCGGCAGGAGUUUCUUUUUCGACUGUUCUGCUGUAUGGCAGAUUGAAGUAAAGAACUGCGGGGCCUUCUAUGUGUACUAUCUACAGCGACCACCUGGGGAUUUUGGAUAUUGCUUUGGCACCGAGAUGCAAUGCCCGGAUGGAGAAACUUCGGCCACAGGAUUUACACCCGGGUGUAAAUAUGCCUUAGAUACGACUUUUACUGUAUCUGUCAAUACUGGGUUAGAUGAAAGGAUUGGUAAACCUCCAGGCAUACCCGAAGUAAUACCACAAGAUUUCAAAAUCCACGAAAUCAAAUUUGAGUGCGGUGUGCAUUUUCCCAAUGGCGAGAACCCCGCUCUCUUUGUGUACGACGUGGACUGGUACAUCAAUGACAACCUUCUGUCGUCAUGUUCUCAUAGCAACGCUGAAUACAACGAUUUUACCAUGGCAACCCGUUUAAAGGAAGAAUGUUGGCGGGAUUCAUACACACUUGGAUUCCUGGUACGUUGUGCAAUUCGACUUCGAACACAAUCUGCAGGACUCCUGGGCCAGAAGACCUAUAGUGGCUUUUUCAAAGCUGGAUUUGAGACUGACAAGAGAGAAUACUCGGUAGCGGAAGGUGAGUCGGUCGAUGUCAUAGUGAGGCUCACCGUUCCGCUCGGAUGUUUCUACCCAGAGGAUGCCCCUGAAGAACAAAUAAAAACACACAUGGAGCAAAACUGUAUCAUAACAAUAAGACUUCAAGAAAUACCUAUUGAAAAUGUUCAGUGCGCAAGUGACCCCAUUGCCUUGAAAGACACUAACUGUGGUCUGACCUUCAACCACACUCACUGGGACACACCACAAACGUUAACAGUAUACGGUGCUUCGGACAACCUGGUCAAUGUUGGCAGUAGGUCAAUGGUCAUUAAGAUGGCGGCAAAGGAGUUAGUUCUGUAUCACAAUGCUUGGAAUUCAGCUUCCAUACCUAGCGUCCUGGUCACUGUUGAAGACUUGGAUAAAACCGUUCUAUCCGGUGAAUGUUACAGUAGGAACGACCCACAUAUGAGAACAUUUGACGGAAGGUCCUGGGAAAACCAAAGAAUUGGAGAAUUCGUGUUGUAUAAACACAAUGAAAAACCAUAUUGGGUUCACGCAGUCUACCAGCCUUGCAGCGCUCACGUUCCGAACGGAGUCACGUGCAACUGUGGAGUAGCAAUUCGAAACAACGACGCACUUUUUGUAGCCAACUUUUGUAGAGAGAAAAUUGGAUGGAGUGUUAGCGGGGUAACAAACUCCAACAGAUACAUAGAGAAGUCGUUCUGUGACGACACAUCUAUGACAAUUCAAGAAAACGGAAACACUUAUACGGUUACACUACCCACUGGAACUAAGAUAACAUUUAAUUACUACUAUCGCUAUGGAAUAGGCUCCAUCAUAGUCAAGCCAUCUCUUGCUGACUGGAAAAGCUCAUCCGGACUGUGUGGUUAUAUGGACGGGACCUAUGACAAAGAGUUCAAACUGCAGAGCGGGAAGGAGACGGCGGAUAUAAGGGAAUUCGCACUGGACUGGAAGAUAAAGACUGUCGAUCAGUCCCUUUUUAGGGAGAACAUUGACCUAACAGACGCCGGAUUGACUUUGCCCCGGUUCUGUAAGUGUAGUGAGGACUCGGCUUUCACCAAAAAUGUGACAUGUAGUGUCAACACGGAGUCAAAUCCAUGCGUCACCCAAAGUACGGACGGAUUUUUCCAAACUUGCGACUCAACCAGACAAAAAAGAUCGAGUUCCCUUGAGCGGUACAGGAGAGCAUCACCGGCCAUCGAUGUCAUCCCUAAAUUUCCAAUUAUUUUUGGGAGCGACAUUGAUGACGAACCUCAGCUGAUUGGAGAUACCAGAUACAUGGAAACAACUGUGGCAUCCCUAGCAACAAGCUGUCGUCUCAUAGCUGUGAAACUUGAAAAUCUCACAAAGACAGACUCAUCAGACGGAACGCCGGGCAAAUCCAUACUUGAUGAGAUGCUAGAACUCGACUGCCCAAACAAUUGUUCGGGACAUGGGGAUUGUUUUAAUGGUAAUGACAUUCAAAGUUAA